AGCUGCGCAGACUAAUUCCUGAAUUGGCGGCCACACCCUCCCCUGAUCAAAAUUAAAGAACCUUCCCUUCAACAUAUAAUAAACACAUACAAUUUUUUCUUCAGAUCUAAACAAUAAUAGACAAAAGUCAACAACAAUGGGAUUAUUCAACUACACCGUCGCCGGUGGUGGUUUCAUACUCAUCGGCGCGUGGGAAUCACUCGCUUCCACCUCAACUGCCCUCAAAAACUCAUCACAGCCGUCCACGUCACAAAACCCAUCUACAGAUAAACAUACCCAAGAUUCUGUUUUUUCUUCAUCUAUCACCUUUGUAUUAAUCUUGAUCCUUUCUUUCCUUUCCGUUCUUGAUUCUUUGUUAUCCUUUUUUGAUGCAAUUAACUCUAAAGACAACGUUGGUUCUGUUCUUCAAUUACAGGUUAUAGCCAUUUCUCUUUUAUUCUUUCUUUAUUCGGUUUUAGGCCUUAUGACCUGUUUAAAAAAAUCGUUUCUUUUACCUACUCCGAUCCUUAAUUUGGUUUGUCUUUUUGCUUUUGCUGAGGAAUUUUUGUUGUUUUAUCUUCAAAGAAAAGAUCCAAGUGGAGUUGAGAAUCGUUACUAUGAUCUAUUACUUGUACCUAUUACUAUUUGUGCAUUUUGUUCAUUUCUUGAAUUGAAAAAUCCCAAAUCGAGUUAUACUAGAUUAGGACGUGGGAUUGGGUUGAUAUUACAAGGAAUGUGGAUUUUACAAAUGGGGUUUGCUUUUUUCUCUGAUUUGGUUGCACAAGGAUGUGCUUUACAUGAAAAAAGUAGAGGAAAUUAUACGGUUAAGUGUAAAGGUCAUCAAGAAUAUCAUCGAGGCCGAGCUAUUGCUACCCUUCAGUUCAAUUGCCACCUUGCUCUUCUUGUAACUGUGAUCUCUUUUGUGUACUCAAUUGUGUGUAAAAAGAAUGGUAUUAGUCGCGAACAUAUGAGGUAUAGACCUAUUGGAGCGGAAAUGCAACAUUUGGAAAUGGAUAAUCAAGCUCAUUUUACGUUGGACUCUGAUGAAGAUGAUAAUGAGAAUGGGAUAAAAGAAGAGAUGAAUGUUGAAAUGCAAAGGGCUAUCGUGCCAGUUCCUGAAUCAGAAACUAAUGGCUAUCAUACCGGUCCUUGAGGUAAUCCACGGUUAGAAUUUUUUGUUACUAGGUAUAAAGAUCUAUUCUUUGCAGAAGUAGUUACGCUUUAGAGGUUGUAUAAAGGAUUUGAGAAAGGAAAAAAAAAAAAGUUUCAGUCUUUUUUUGUUUGAUGAUUCUAGUUGAAAUUGCAGUGUUGUGUUAGAAAUUUAUAUUUUCCUUUGUUGUAUGUCUGCGGAUGACUUGCUCUUUGAUACUAAUGAUGAAUCAACUUUUCUUAUGAAAAGAAGCUUUACUACA